GACUCAACAGCAUGCUCGUCCACGAAAUCCCGGGGCUCCUGUCUACCAUGUGGCAGACGCUGGGCCAGGUCAACAGUCAUCCCUCAGUCUCCAUGGCAACAGGCAGAAGCGACAGUUACGCCACAUACCUGCAUCAGCAGCACAUUGCGGCCAAUCAGGACGCAGACUUCAGCAGGCAGGUGUCGCUGCAGCGGCUGCAGGACGAGCUGAGUGCCGACACGUCAGAGUCCUGGGAGGACGGGGGGGGGGACACGGGGGAGGACGGGGGGGGCCACACAGGGGAGGAGGCGCCACUCUGCAGCCAGACAGACAUGGCGGCGCUGCGGAGGAGCUGCUCCGAGAGCCAGUGCACCGCCAACGCCCGUUGCCAUGCCGACCGACAGGUGGAGGUGUACCCGGGCUCUGGGGUUCUGUGUGAUGUCCGCUCCCAGCAGGCGGCUAAUCAGGCGCCAUCUCCCACGGCGAUGGCUCGGCUGCUGCUGCUGGGUGUGUUUGAUAUGAACACCCUGAUGAACAGCAACCUGCGAGGGGGGCGGAGCCGGCGGCCCGCCUUCCACCCGCAACGCAACGCUCUGGACCCGCACAAGAUCAACGCCAUCUUCAACGCCAUUUUGGCUCGGUUUCCUCUCGCUAAGCGAGGCGUCAUCGGCUCCGGCAUCAACUCCAAACUGUCUGAGAUCCGAUUCCACUCUCGCAGAGCCAAUCGGGACGCCCCUUUCCUCUGACACCCCGCCUCCCCUGUCAGCAGGACCAAUCAGAGAACUUCAUCUUAACUCUGUAAAGACACUUUUAAAGUCCAACUGCAGACAAACUUUAUUUUAUUGUAUUUAUCUGUGUUGUAACUAUGAAGCUUGCUAAGCCGCGUUUAUUGUCUGA